UGUCGGUGUGUCGGUAAUUGUCAGACAGAAAUCGGAUCGUUGUACUUCUACAUAGACAUAAACUAAAUUCUUUAAAGUUAAUGAAUUUCUAUGGAUUUAUAAUAAUUGUAUAGUUCGUACUUAUUAAUUUUAAUUAUGUUCUGGAGCGGUAAUUAUAUAGGAGUAAGGGAGUUAAACGUUCUUCUAAAGGAGGGGAACGUCACAUUAACGCAAGUUCUAGAGGCGUAUGAUAUCUUGCAAGAAUGUAAAGCCGACAACAAGGCUUUAAUACAUUUUCUUACGAAACCAGAGAUACUCGCGGAGCUCAUCACUCUGGUAACCGAAGAGCCGCCUAAGAAUGUGGAGCUCACGUCUCAGUACCGGCACGCGAACAUCGCCAGCGAGGUGCUGGCUAGUAACGUGUUCACGUUGCGCGAUCGCCUGUCCAUGGACGUCGUGCAGAUGAAUCGGCUCUGUGACUUUGUUAAUAGAGAUCCGCCUUUAAACCCUUUGCUGGCUUCUUACUUCAGCAAAACCAUUGAAAUCUUGCUUCAGAGAAGUCCAAAACAGGAUUGGUACAUGCACAACAUCGUGUGUCUGCGGGUCCUGGACUUCUUUAAAUCGAGACGCGACUUCCUGCCUAACCUGCUGCGACACAUAUCCACCUCCGCCAUCUGUGACACCUUCAAGUGCUUCUUGAGCCUCACGGACCCGUUCAAUGAGAUCGUCAUGGAGUGGCUCGACGAGUACCAGUUCCUCGACAGCCUCGUGCAGAUAAUCUGCGGCACGUACGACGACGACCGACACGACAAGCUCGACUCCAACCACAACGCGGAGAGCGCCGACGGCACCGACGGCGCGGACGGCGCCGACGCCGAGCGGCGCGAGCGCGCGCGGGCGCGGGCGGGCGGCGCGGCCAACGCGGCGGCGCUGCUGGCCGACGUGGCGCUGGACGCCGACGCGGGCGGGCCCGGCGCGCGCGCGCUGUGCGCCCGCCUGCGCGGCGCCGACGCCGGCCGCCGCCUGCUGCAGGCCGCCUUCACGGCGCCGCCCUCGGCGCGCCGCGCCGCACUCGUGCACGUCUGCCGCCUGCUGCUGGCGCUGCUGCGGCCCCGCGAGUCGGCGGACGAGGCGGACGCGGAGCUGGAGGUGCUGGAGCGCGCCAUCGCGCCGCACCUGCCGCUGCUGCACAACGCGCUGCUGGCGGGCGGCGGCGGCGGCGGCGGCGUGGGCGCCGAGCGCGUGCAGGCGGCGGCGCUGCUGGCGCGCCUGGCGCAGUCGGAGGUGGACGACGUGCCCACGGCGCUCAUCACUCUCGGCACGGCGGGCGUGUUGAUAGACAUGCUGUUCGCGUACCCGCAUAACAACUUCCUGCACGCUCAAGUUUGCGCGCUCAUACGAAACGCGAGGGAGAACAGGCGCUUCGCGGAGCGAUACUCGAAGCACCUGAUGGAGGAAUGCGACCUGCUGACGCGGCUGAUGGACGCCUUCGAGGAGAACGAGGAGCCGAAGGCGGGGCACGUGCGCGCCGGCUACAUGGGGCACGUGGUGGGCGCGCUGCGGGCGCUGCAGGCGCGGCCGCCGGCGCUGCCCGCGGCGCUGCAACGGCGCUGGGACGCCUUCUGCCGCGCGCGCCUGCUGCCGCUGCUGCAGCGCCUCGACAUGCCGCUCGGCGGCGUGUAUCCGGCGGACGACGCGUACGAGGUCGGGGCGGACCAGCCGGAGGACACGACGGAGGGAUACCAGAUAUACCUGCAGCUGGUGUCGGCGGCGCAGCGGGCGCAGGCGCAGGCGCGCGCGGAGGGCGGCGCGGGGGGCGCGGGCGGCGCGGGGGGCGGCGGCGCGGGCGGCGCGUUGCAGAGCGACGGCUUCUUGGACUUGGAGGACGGCGACAAAAACAUGUGGGACGACGAGCCCGACGACGACAGUGCGGCGCGGGCCGGCGGCGCCUCGCCGUGGGAGGGCUCGGCGCAGGGAGGCGCGGGGGCCCGCGGCGCGGCGGAGGCCUACCGGCUGGAGAGCGAAAACUUCUUAGCGAUGAAGUUCGAUAGCAAAAACAUGUGGGACGACGAGUCCGACGACGAGAGUGCGGCGCAGCCCGGCGGCGCCUCGCCGUGGGACGGCGGCACGUCGGAGUGCGUGUCGGAGGGCUGGGCGCAGUUCGACAGCUUCGCACAGGGAGACCCCUUCUGGCCCUCCUCCGAGCUGGAGUCCGAGCGGCGCGACGAGCGGCAGGGCGAGUCUGACAUGCACGACGACAAGGACACGCUCACCAUCCUGCUGGCGCAGAAGAUGCUCACUGCCUUCCGCAACAUGGCACCCGACGAAGCGCUGCUGCAGGAGCAGGCCGGCCCGACCGAGGCGCAACAACAGCAUCUGCCGCACGAGGCGCAGAACGCGCACGAAGCGCAAACCGCGCAGGAGGCGCAAUCCGCAAACGAGGCGCAGAAAACCCAAGAAUUGCAAACCGCGCCCGAGGCGCAAAAUACGCACGAAGAGCAAAUCGCGCAUGAGGCGCAGAACCUCCAAGAGGCGCUGAACGCGCAGGAAGCGCAAAUCUCGCAGGAAGUGCGAACCGCGCACGAGGUGCAGAACGCGCGAGAAGCGAAAACGGCACAGGAAGUGCAAACGGCGCACGAGGUGCAGAACGUCCGGGAAGAGGUAACCGUACAGGAAGCGCAAAUUGGACACGUGGCACAGAACGCCCAUGAAGUGCAAACCGCGCAGGAAGUGCAAACCUCGCAGGAAGUGCAAACCUCGCAGGAAGCGCAAACCGCGCACGAAGAGCAGAACGUGCACGAAGAGCAGAACGUGCACGAAGAGCAGAACGCGCACGAAGAGCAGAACGCGCACGUAGAGCAGAACGCGCACGAAGAGCACCCGCCACUCGAGGGCCCCGCGGCGCCCGGCGCCGACUCGUGAUGCGAACCCCCUCCCGCCCGCAGCCGCCGCCCGCCCGCGUGGAGUCGGCCGCGCGCCGCUUCGACUUUAGGCAAAAACAUUCGUAUGCGAUACGAUCACUCGGUCGGGCUCGCAGAGCGAUGUUUAUCUUAUCCUGUUACGAAGUGAGCGUGGUGCCGCAUAUUUUCAUACUUCGUCACGUGACGCGUCGGAGGCGACCCGAGCCCUCUGAGCCGCACCCAAUCCACGAACGCUACGAGCUUUGACGUAAUGGUAAAUUUUGUAUCAAUAAUAUCGUAUCAUUGCAAAAAUGUAACUUUGUUUGAUGUAUAUUUGUUUAAUGAUUACUUUAAAAUGUAUCAGUGUCCACGAACCGUAGACGAUGCGAGUUAACUUUAAUAAUGUGUUCACCUCGCUUGAUCGUAGAAAUAUACCCAUUGUUGAAUUCAUUUAAUGUCCGAAACACGAGCGUUAUGUAGGGUGUCCCCUA